AUCCGCCAGGUGCUGGAUCUUAUGGUAUAUUAUCAUAAGCAUGGCGGAACUGGAAUCACCGUGGAAUCGUCUGGCGUUUGCACCGGUGUGCUCCCCGCCAUUUUGGCCUCGGCUUUCUCUUCUUACUUGUCGGCCGAAUUCAUCAAGACUGCGGUAGAAAUCUUUCGGGUUGCUUUUUGGAUUGGCCUGCGCAACUCUCUAUGGUGCCUUUCCGCUCUGGGUUCACAAUGGAGAGAGCAAUCCAGCGUUCUGGGCGUUUUCAACACCUCCCGUGCCAAAGUUGACGAGCAGUUAACAUCGUACAAGUCGACACAAGAACUGCCUGAUGACAAACUAAGGGUAUCGGCCGUUUUCGACGAAGAUACUCUGUCGAUUACUGGACUUGGCGAGAGCCUGGUUGCUUUCAAGUCUGUCCUCCAGGCGUCCUCAGAUGCACCAACUUGCCGCUGGGCACAUGUCCAUGGAUUUUACCAUGGCGGCGACGCAAUGUCUGUGCUUGUCAAAGAAGUACUGAGUGAUGUUCAGCGACAUGACAUCAAAUUCCCUGACUGGACGUCGCUCCAUGCACCCGUGCGAUCGGUGGCCACGAGCCGUCAUUUCGAGCCCACUGACGACAACUCCUCCCUCCUUGAGCUGGCCUGUCAGACGAUCUUUACCCAUUCAGUCGACUGGAAGCAGACGCUGAAUGGCAUCAUUGAGUCAUGCUCCGAGAAACUCACCAACGAUCCGGAGGCGGAUAUGCGGCUCAUUGGACUAGGGCCUUCUUCAAGGUCGCUUAUGCAGGUGUCAAAGAUGAACGCCGGUCAUCCUGGGCUCAGGGUCUUCAGACAACUUGCCGACAUCUCCAAAGACGCUGACGACGAUGCAAUUGCCAUUGUGGGGUUAUCCGUGAACUUUCCCGCUGGAAAGGGGGUCGACCAGUUCUGGGAAACGAUCCGAGAGGGCCGGACAACCGUAACAGAGAUUCCGGACUCUCGUUUCAACCUCUCAACCUACUAUGACACUGGGGCCGGACGUUCUCCAAAGCCAAGGAAGAUGGGCUCGAAGCACGGAAACUUCCUCGAUGACCCUUUCCGAUUCGAUGCAGAGUACUUCAAUAUUUCUCCUCGCGAGGCCAAGUCGAUGGACCCCCAGCAGCGCCUGCUCUUGCACGCAGCUGUCGAAGCCCUGGACGAUGCUGGUUAUUCUCCAGGUGCCACGGCGACUUUCAACAGGGAUACCUUCGGUGUCUACGUCGGUGUUGCAACGGGGGAUUACGUUGACAACCUCAGAGAUGAGAUUGACGUAUACUACAGCCCUGGCACACUCCGAGCAUUCCUGAGCGGUCGAAUCUCCUACGCACUUGGAUUCGAAGGACCUUCCAUGAUGUACUUGGGGCUCUCCCGCGCCCAUUUCCUCAGCCCAACCGGGCAAUGCAAACCUUUCGACAAGUCUGCGGAUGGAUACUGCCGUGCGGAGGGUUGUGGCCUCGUUGUCCUGAAGAAGCUCUCCGACGCAAGGAAGGAAGGGGACCACAUCUACGGCGUCAUCCGCGGCAUCGGCGUCAACCAGUGCGGCAACGCCAAGUCUAUCACGCACCCUGACCACACAACUCAAGCUUCGCUGUUCACCAAAGUGCUCAAUAACAGCGGACUUAGUCCUCACAGCAUCGAUGUCGUCGAAGCCCACGGCACUGGAACGCAGGCAGGCGACUUUGCCGAAGUGUCCAGUCUUUCGUCCGUUUUCAAGGGUCGGCCCGAGAGCACGCCACUUCACCUCUGCUCAGUCAAGGGGAAUAUCGGACACGCUGAGGCAGCGUCGGGUGUCGCGGGUCUGUCCAAGCUCCUUCUCAUGAUGGAGCACGGGACUAUCCCUCCGAUGGGAUCCUUCAAAAGCCUCAAUCCAAGGCUUUCUUCCGUGAUGAAUGAGUAUAACAUGGUCGUCUCCGAUCGUGCGCAGAAGUGGGGAGGCUCCAGCAUCCGUCCUCGGCGUGCUCUGUUGAACAACUUUGGCGCCGCCGGCUCGAACGCCGCCUUGAUUCUGGAGGAACCCCCUGUCCGACGACAGUCGGACGCCGCAACAUCAUCGCACCCACGCAUGGACUUCACGGGCACGAGUCGAUCUAAGACGAAGCCUAGCAAGACCGUUAUGAUCUUCUCAGGCCAGGGAGCAGCACAUGCUGGCAUGGGCGCUGAGCUCCUCCGCACUUCUCCAGUAUUUCAAGCUGCGGUCGAGAGUUGCGACGCGAUCCUUGCCCGCCAUGGGCUGCCUGUUGUCUCUACCUUCUUGGCCUCCACGGGAAGUGAUGCCGGAACCGAGUUGGACAAGGAUAUUGACAUCGUCACACAGUGUGCAGUCUUUGUCCUUGAGUAUUCCCUGUCUCGACUUUGGGCAAGCUUGGGAGCAACCCCUGACCUCGUGCUUGGCCACAGCAUUGGCGAAUACGCAGCUCUCGUGACAGCGAAUGCGCUGAGCCUUGAGGACGCACUCCUCUUUGUCGCGAAGAGGGCACAGCUGAUGCGCACUCAUUGCGAAGCAAAGGCCUCUGGCAUGCUGGCAUGCCGUAUGUCGGUGACUGACGCAUCGAAGAUCCUAGAGCAGGAGAAAGAGUUGAGCCUUGCGUGCCACAACAGCCCCGAAGACUGCGUUCUUGCCGGCCCAGUUUCGCGACUCCAAGAGGUUGCUGCCGAAUGCAAGGCAAAGAACGUCAAGUGCAAGCUCCUGGAUGUCACAUAUGGAUUCCACUCAUCGGCAAUGGACCCCAUUUUGCCCGGACUUGAAGAAGUCAGCUCGAAAAUGACGAUUCACCCCCUGACAGCUCAACUCGGUUCAAGCGUGUUUGGGAAGGUUCUAAACAAAGGCACGCUGCUUGCUCAAGACUACUUCGUCAAACAAACUCGACAGCCAGUCCAAUUCGUGGAUCUCCUUGCCGCAAUCAGGUCCGCCAAUUCUGAGACGACUUUGCAGGUCCUCGAACUCGGGCCGUCUCCGUCCACCGCCCCGAUGUUGAAGUCUGCCUUUAAGGACAUCGACUACACAUUUUCGGCAUCCCUUCGGACGACGGAAGCUGCUUGGAUGACCAUGACAGCUGCGCUCCAGAAUCUCUACACCGGUGGUCUUGACCUCAAGUGGAAUGAGCUGUACAAGGGAGAGGCACCCAAGUUCCUCAAGGGCUUCCCCAGCUAUCCCCUGGCCGGCAAUGACUACGUCGUUCCCUACCGAGAGCCCGAGUCGAAGCAUCAAGACAUCGACAACCAGAAAGCAGACCAGUGUCAGACCGCAUUCGACUUCUUGGCUUCUUCCAAGAUGUCUAUUUCGGACGACGGCUCAAGGUCGUUCGAAGUCGAGGUCGAGAAAUUCUCCGGACUCAUCAAGGCACACGCAGUCGGGGGCGUCCCCCUUUGCCCAGCAUCGGUGUACAUCGAGCUGGCUCUCGAGGGACUCUCCGUGCAGAAGCCAGCCGCUGCGUCGCAAGACAACUGGUAUCUCAUGGAAAGCAUGGCCUUCGAACAUCCACUGGUUUACAGCGAAGGGAACCCCGGACGUGUGCAGGUGAAGAUCCAACAUGGAACCGACUCGGGGCCGCUGUCCAAGUUCUCCGUUCUUACGGCAGAAAACGGUCGCAUGAAUUGCUCGGGAUCGGUCUCCAACCCUACCCUCGAGUCGGUAGCUGACCUUCUUACCCUUAAGACGGCAUUUGUGAAGAGGCAGAAAUCGACCGCUUUCCACCCGGCGGCUUACGGGACCCACGAGACCUUCACGUCCAGGACCGUCUACGACGUCAUCUUCCCUCGCGUGGUUACCUAUUCGGCACCUUUCCGGACGCUGAAGUUUUUGACGGUCAGCUCUCUGGGUCUUGAAGGCCACGGAGUCUUCCAGCUCUCUCAGGCUCAUCCCGGACGGUUCGCAUGCCCCCCGACGUUCGUUGAUACGAUGCUCCAUGCGGCAGGCUUCAUCGCCAACGCAAACGCCGACCUGGACACUGCCUGCAUUUGCGUCGGCCUGGACCGCAUCUUGCUGCCCGAUGCGUCUGCGGCUUCCCUGAGCGGCGACAUGGGAAUUUACUGCAGUCUUCUGGAACUCGAAGACAGCGUACUGGCGGAUGCUUUCGUCCUCGAUAAUACGAAUCGUGUCAUUGCCUUUGCCGAAGGCAUGCGAUUCAAGAAGGUCCGCCUCAACUCUUUCAAGAUGGUCUUGUCUCGGGCAGCCGGCGGCGGCGGUCAGGCAGUGAAGGCGAACAUGAAGCCAGUGGUGACGGUGGAGACCCCGAGUCGAAGGCAGUCCGAAUUCUCGCCAGCGCCCAAGAAGGCAGUUCGACCCGCAGUUACUCACGUCUCCGAGGCGGUCCACGAAAUGCUGCAGGCAAUCUGUGGCAUCUCGGGCGAUCUCGCCCCCAGCACCACACUGGCAGCGCUUGGUGUCGACAGUCUUCUGUUCAUUGAACUCAAGCACACCAUCACCUCUCGGUUCCCCAACCUGACCGUCCCGGAGAAUGAGCUCGACAUGUGCGAGACGGUGGAAGACCUCGUCCAGUUCCUGGCCCGAGGCACCGGCCAAGACAUUCACAAUGCCUCUUCCGACUCGGAAGGACCGGGCCUGACUACGAGGACCACUCCCGCCUUCUCACCCGAAAGCUGUCCCGGAACACCCGUCGAAACUGAGCCCGUGGAUGGCGUAGGUCUUGACGUUUCUUCCAAGAUCAAGGGCGUUUUCGCCGACCUCUGUGGCCGACCCAUUACGGACAACGACAGAGACGCAAGUCUUGCUUCUCUGGGAGUCGAUUCCCUGCUGACCAUCGAGUUGAUCCACGAGCUCCGGCAUCAUUUCGGUUUGGACCUCGAGUCGCUUUCUCUCAGCACAUCCGACUUGACUAUUAGCAAUAUCGAGAGUCUCUGUAUUGCUAAAGUCGCACCUUCCAGCAACGCCAAAAAGUCAAAGCAACAGGGAGGCGUCGUCACUAUAGUCGGGGAGGAUGAUGACGACAAUCUCGCCCAGAGAGACGACUCGAUCCUUCAGCGGCUGAUUCCACCAACAUUCCCGCACGAACUGCAGAAGGGUACGCAUGGGGAUGCCAGGUCGCCUUUGUACAUGUUCCACGACGGGAGCGGCUUGACCACGAUGUACUCCCGAAUCGAUAACCUGGAACGGUCAGUCAAUGGCAUCUUCAGUCUCGAUCUUGAUGCAACGAACCCUAAAGUCCAGAGCUUGGAGGAUCUGGCUUCACUCUACAUCGAUCGUGCUGGUCUCGCCAGUGCCCGAGAAGUCAUUCUUUGCGGCUGGUCGUUCGGCGGAGUCGUCGCCUUUGAGGUUUCCAGGCAGCUGAGAAGACGCGGGAAUUCUGCAGCGGGUAUCAUUCUGGUAGACUCGCCUUUCCCGCUCGGGCAUCAAGCUCUUCCGGCCGAGGUCAUCUCCCAUGUCGUCGGUGGUUCGUAUCAGGGGCAAGGGCGGGUCCAGUCUGCGGCUGCAAAUCACGCUCGUUCUUGCAUCGAGGCGCAGUUCAGACGACACGCCCGGUUCCUUGAGAAGUAUGAACCGCGCCCGGAGACUGAGGACGUCCCCUGCGUUGCCAUCCUGUGCAAGCAGACCAUGGAUACUCAGGCGCUCUGCGGAGUCCCAUAUCCCUGGCUCGCGGAUUCGGAAUCAAGGGAACAGUCCUUGAAGGACUGGGAAGGGCUGCUCGGACGGAAUAUUUCCGUCCUGAGAGUGAACAGCAACCACUUCAACUUGUUUGAUGCGGCCAACAUUAUGGAAACCUCAUCCGCUAUCAAACGGGCCUGCGACAUGUUGGACGGGCAGGCCUAAGUAAAAGUCCAUGAGUCCACAGCACCCUGACUUGACAUGCGGAAUAGAGGAUGGUGUGUGCUUGGAUGUUGUCUUUAGAGGUAUUCAGAUUGUAUAAAGAGCCACAUAGUAUGUAGAUUGUUAUUCCAGCUCUCUUCUAUCGGGGGAACCGAGACGAAGAGACUGGGUUUAGGAGGCC